ACUUAGAGCGCGUGCGGCGACAGACUGAGUUCUCGCGAGGUUUCGUCUUCCGGGAAUCGUUUGGGCGUUCUCCCGUAAACUGCGUGGCGAUGUGUGGGGACUGUGUGGAGAAGGAGUACCCCAAUCGGGGGAGCACGUGUCUGGAGAAUGGAUCGUUCUUACUGAACUUUGCAGGCUGUGCCGUGUGCAGUAAGCGGGAUUUUAUGCUGAUCACAAACAGAUCCCUGAAAGAGGAAGACGGAGAAGAAAUAGUCACCUAUGACCAUCUGUGUAAGAAUUGUCAUCAUGUAGUGGCCAGGCAUGAGUAUACAUUCAGUGUCAUGGAUGAGUUUCAGGAGUAUACCAUGCUGUGUCUAUUGUGCGGCAGAGCUGAAGACACUAUCAGCAUUCUUCCUGAUGACCCCCGGCAAAUGACUCUGUUGUUCUAAGCCUCCUGCAGUUCUGGUGUAACUAUGUUGGGUUGGUUUAAAAUAUAGCAAGCCUAAUGGUUUGUCUGAUAAUGAGAGUUCUUUGUAUGUUUUCUUUUCUGCUUAGACUUCCCUAUUUGGGGUAUUGUUGUUUCCUUGAAUUGAGCUCCUCUGCUAAAGCCCCCUGUACACAUUGGCACAGCUAGAGCAAGAUGUCUUUGCUAGUGACUAUUUGGCUAAAACACAACUAGAACCAAAGCACAUUCUCUACUCCUC